CCAUUCCAACGACCCAACGUCUCAUUGUCUCUCGAGGUUCUAAUCUGUUCGGACGUUUUCAUAAGGAAUAUAAGAUGUGGAUCGUGUUUGGGGUGGUUAUCGCUACAACGACAAGUGCACUGGGAAUCACUUGUUACUGCGAAGGCUACUGCCCCGAUGGCAGAGAGAACGGGACUUGCCAAGAGCAGGUCGGAGGUUACUGCUUCAGCGCGGUCGAGGAGGUCUGGGACCCAAAAAGAAAAGAAUACAGUCCCGAGUGGUCAUUCGGGUGUCUCCCCCCCGUUGAGCAGGGCCUAAUGCAGUGCAAAGGAGACUUGGCGCCACUUUUGAAUCAGAUGAGUAUAACCUGCUGCAACGACAGGGACUUAUGCAACAAGAAGUCCCUUCCGGUAUUCAAGCCUUGGAUCUCAGGGCAAGUCGAUUCAGUUCCCUCGGCAAAAACGAUCGUCAUAAUCGCGAUUUCAGCCUCGGCGUCGGUAAUCCUCAUCAUCGUUAUCGUCGUCGGCUUCAUCGUCUUGCAGCGUCAUCGUAAAUCGAAACGCCGAAGGUCCAUCUUACAGAAAUCAAUUCGAGGAAACCUGGAGGAACUCAUAGACGAAAGCAGCGGGUCAGGAUCCGGUCUUCCUCUACUGGUGCAGAGGACGAUUGCUAGGCAGCUGUCGUUAUCCAGAUGCGUCGGAAAAGGAAGAUACGGAGAGGUCUGGCUGGCUACUUGGCGAGGCGAGAGAGUAGCCGUCAAGGUGUUUUUCUCUCUGGAGGAAGCCUCCUGGUUUCGUGAGACUGAGAUCUAUCAGACGGUGCUCAUGAGACACGAGAACAUCCUUGGGUUCAUCGCGGCCGAUAUCAAGGGCACUGGAACAUGGACCCAGAUGCUACUGAUUACCGAUUACCACGAGCGGGGCUCGCUGCAUGAUUACUUGCAGACCACGAUUCUCGAUCACUCGACCCUGCUGACCAUCUGCUUCUCAAUCGCCUCCGGGAUGUCUCAUCUUCACAUGGAAAUUUUUGGUACUAGAGGAAAGCCGGCCAUUGCACAUCGCGACGUCAAGAGUAGGAACAUCCUGGUCAAGUCGAACGGAGAAUGUGUUAUUGCUGACUUUGGAAUGGCCGUACGAUUUAUGAGUGAUAACGGCACCGUCGAAAUUCCGCCGAACACCAGAGUUGGUACAAAGAGGUACAUGGCUCCAGAGAUUCUCGAGGAACGUGUAAACACGACCUCGUUCGAUUCGUUUAAAAUGGCUGAUAUGUACUCCGUCGGUUUGGUCUUCUGGGAAGUCUGCCGACGAUGUGGCACUCCUGAAGAUGUCUCUUCUUCACGAUCGGCAGAAGCGUACGCUCUGCCGUAUCACGAUGUUGUACCCGGAGAUCCAUCCUUCGAAGACAUGAAGCUUGCAAUAUGCGUGAAAAAAUUGCGUCCACAAAUACCAUCGAGAUGGAAAAGUGAUUCGGUUUUGGCACCCCUGAGUAAAGUUAUGGCUGAAUGCUGGCACGAAAAUCCGGCUGUAAGACUGACGGCGCUUAGAGUUAAAAAAACUCUUGUGAUGCUCCGUAGCAAUAUUGCCAUUACAGAUAAUUUGGUUUAAGACUGUAGUGGAAUAUCGAAUUUUCGAUGUUAUUACCCCUGAUUACACGGAACUCUACUUAAAUUAUUUAUUUUUUCCUAUUAUCGAGCUCAAAUUUUACGUUUCCGAUUGAGAUGAAAAAUUUUCAGCACAAAGAGUGUCAAGAAAUUCGUUUCACGUUAUUCUUUAUUGUUCUGUAUCACGAGGACUGUUGUUUUGUCUGAGAAGAGUUUAUUAUUAGCUUAUGGAGAAGAUAUAUCGUUCGAAGUAAA